AUGCCGUAUACCGAGCCGCAUAGACACCUCGCCCACAAGUGGGCUACAACCUACAUCGCCCCCAACGCAAAGCGGAGACUGCUCCCCGCUUCGGAGACCGAGCUCGGAACUAUAGAGCAUCUCAUCCUCCUCGACCUCCUCGGUGCCAAGCAGCCCAUGAUUCGCUCCUCCUUCCUCGACACUGCAUGGCUCUUCGACCGGAUUGCGUCGGUCGAGCAGCGUCUUGCAGACAGCGGGGCGUUCACCUACGAGAGAAACGGUGUGAAGGUUGAGGAGAGUUUCAAGCCCUACUUCCUCCCACGUAACGCACGGCAAGCAUUCGGAGGCAUUGAAGACGACCACAUACCUUUCCUUCGGCUGGGCGUGAGUGUGCUGCACAUUAUCGCCAACCCUUUCCCGCGUGUGUGGCACACACUCAAGGACGAUGCGGACGCAUUGGACAUCCCGACCAUGCGACGCUGGAAUUUGAUCCUGCGCCACGCCGCGUCCGCGGAGGAGCUGCCCGUUUUCGAUCCUAUCGAGUCGUGA